UGCUCUCUCGCUCUCGCACCCGCACCUUGGCCGUGUCGUGGUGGUGCAUCGCAGCGCAUCGCAUCGCCGCCCUUCGCCUGUCCCAACCAGGUGCUCAGCUCCAAGUUCGCCCGAGCCAGCACACACACACACACACACACACACACACCCAACAACCCUCGCUCGCCCACUCUUGUCGCUCUACAUCAUGGCUGCUGCCUGAGCCACCCGCCCGUCUGCCUGUCUGCCUGCUUUCCUGCCUGCGCCCACAAGUACCCCGCGUGCUCCAGUCUCCUGAGAGACACUUCUGACUGUCCCGGCGCCAACCUGACACUGCCUGAACUCGUGAUGGCUACGCGCAUCCAUGCUCGCCUGUUUCCGCCCCAACGAUAA